AAUUUAGCAGUCUGCUCCUCUGAUUUGGAUGUUGUUCAGGAGAAUAAUGUAAAAAUAGUUCGAGCUGGAGAGGAUGUGAAUUUUACUUGCACAUUUUCAAAUGUUCUGCAAGCGACAAAAGCAUGGUUGAAACAGACGGCUGAUGGAAAAUCCUCACAAAUUGUCUCUUCAUAUUUAAAUCAACCACCCAGUUGGAAUAAGGACUUUGAGGAAACAAAUCGUUUUUAUGUUAUUAAAGAAGAUGAACAUUUCAAUCUGACCAUUUUAAAUGUAAAGCCUUCAGACACAGCAACGUACUUCUGUGUAGUCUCAUCAUAUAACAUCAUUGGAAUGGGUGCGGGAUCCAGAUUACUUGUCAGAGAUGCAGCCAUGGGUAGAAACACAGCCCUUCAGCAAUCUUUGAUAGACACGCUUCAUCCAGGGGACUCUGUGAGUUUGCAGUGCAGCAUCUUCACUGAGAGUUGUGCAGAAGAACACAGUGUCUACUGGUUCAGACAAAGCUCAGGAGAUUCUCAGGGAGAGAUUUACACAAAAGGAGAGAGAAACGGUCAGUGUGAGAACAGCACUGAGUCUCAAACACAGAGCUGUGUCUACAAUCUCUUCAAGAGAAAUGUCAGUCACUCUGAUGCUGGAAUUUAUUACUGUGCUGUGGCUGCAUGUGGAGACAUACUGUUUGGAAAAGGAACCAAACUAAAUGUUACAGAGAGUGUUGAUGUGAAUGCAGCCCUACUUGUUUUAAACAUCCUGUUUUUGACUUUAACUGUUUUUCUGGCCAUAAAACUAUGUCAGGAUCCAAAGAAAGGUAAGGUUUAA